AUGGCGUCUGAAGUGGAUAUCAGGACGUUUACGAGGCGCAGACUGAGGGACGAGCCUGAUCUCAGUAAACUGACUCUAGGCAUUUUAAGGCGGCAGUAUUUGGCAUACAUCGGCCAUGAGUCCUUAAGUCCAGAGGCCAGAAAUUUGAUGAAGAGGGUGGUUAAAGAGGAACUGAUGAAAAUGCAGGACCGUGACCAUGGUGUCAACAAAUCUGAGAAUACCCUAAAAAGGAAGAGGAAAGAAAAAGACAUCAGUGAAAUAACAGUUGACGAAUCAAAGACAAAGAAAAUCCAUCAUCAGUCAAGCUCUUCAGAGAACACAGACACUGACAUGGAAAAAGGUGGAAAUGACGAGACGAAAAUAAAGGUGGAAAAAGACUUGAAAACAGAAAGUGAGGAAAGCGAGGAUGACGAGCAACCUAACCAGACUGGAGAUGUAAAACGAAGAACAAUAAAAUCGAAUUAUCAGACACACAGAGUCGACGAGGAUAGUACAGGAGAGGAAACGGAUGAAUCAACAGAAUAUAAGCAGGGUAAAAGGUUUGGAAAAAGCAACUCUGACGAUGGCGGUCAGACACAGAAGGUACAGAGGAGGCCAAAUACUAUGGAAAAUGGAAAGAAGAGAAGCAGGAAUACAAGCGAUGGAAAAAAGCCUUCAACAACACAGGGAGAUGAAGAUGAAACUAAUGGCAAGAGAGAAAAGACUCACAAGCGUGACAGCUGUGCUACCGCAGAAGGUGACGGUGAGAAAGAAAAAAAAUUAUCAACGGAAAGCCGAAAAGGUGAGCUUGCUGAGGACUCUGAUUCGUCUUCGCUCCCAUCUCUUGACGAUGAGAAGGACAGCGAAAGAGCAAAGACUCAAGAAGGGAAGAAGGCAACUGGGAAAAAAGUAAUAGUGAGCAAAAAGGUUUCCAGAAGAGAAAAUGAAGAUGAUAAAGCUAUAGUACGGCUGAAACGCUACAUCGCCCUCUGUGGUGUGAGGCGUAAUUAUAAGCAGCUGCUAGAUGGCAGUCGCUCCAUUCGUGCCAAAGUGGCUGUUCUGAGGAAAGAGCUUGAAAGUCUCGGUGUCCAAGGUCAACCAUCAAUUGCGAAAUGUAAAAAAGCUCGUCUAAGGAGGGAAGAAGCCGAAGAGCUCGCUGCACUUGAUAUCAGCAAUAUCAUCACCACACAAGGUCGACCCAAACGGAGAGGAGCAACAGCAUGGCAUGUUCCUCCAUCCUCUUCAUAUAAGCGCAUGUUGAACUCGAGCUCCGACAGUGAUGAGAACAACCAAACAGGCAGAGGGUGCAAGCGAGCUACGAACUGGGACAACCUGCAGGGUAUUAUUAGUGAUGAUGGAGACAGCAGCUGACCGGGGCAUUGGUUUGGCUAUGGAUGGGCCACUUGGACACAGGCAUUGUUUUUCUAGUGUAAGAGUGUUAAAGUUACUAUGCCUUUAAGGGAAAGACUCACAAACAGUCUUACAAUGUAUGCCAUGAGAGAAUACAUUUUUGCCACAAUUGAGUCAUCAUUUAUGAAGAAAGAUUUAAUUGCAAAAGUUUUACCCAUGAUUAGGGUUUUGUGACUGUAUUUGGGGAAAAGUUGUUAGAUAUGUUGGGGAACGAAUAGAUUUGAUGACUUAAAUGUAUGUACAUCCUUUCUCUGUAUUUUAGAAACAUUUGUUAUAA